UUGAAAAUUUUGGUUGAGCCCAAAGCAGAGGAGCCCAGCGAAUUUACGGAUGAGGCGAGGCCCUGAGACGAUGAAUGAACAUUAUCUGCUAUCAUGAAUCACAAUCAGCGGCGCCGGGAAUCGUUAAAGGAAACAUCGCAUCUGCUUAGGCCCUCCUUCAGGAUUAUUACAGUUCAUAUUAAUAUCAUACACAUCUGCAGAGAGUCUAAUCUGAAUCUUUCCUCGAUUUCAGGGCAGUGAAAGCUUCGGUCUUUCGGAUAAGGAGAUAAUCAAUGAAAGGGGAAGUACAAUUGGAUUCGUCAAUUGGCCAAAACCCUAGUGACUCUGAUCCUCUGCUCGAGAAUCAGGCCGAUUCAUCAUCCCAUGGAACCUCCGAUGAAAUCAAGAAUGAGGAUACUGAAGCUGGUUCCAUUCCGUGUUGUCGUAUUUGCCUAGAGAGCGAUGCAGAACCAGAAGAUGAACUGAUUUCUCCAUGCAUGUGCAAAGGCACACAGCAGUUUGUCCAUCGAUCUUGUCUUGAUCAUUGGCGCUCCGUUAAGGAAGGGUUUGCUUUCUCACAUUGCACAACAUGCAAAGCCCAAUUUCACCUGAAAGUUUCCUUGUUUGAGGACAACUCUUGGCGUAAAGUUAAAUUCAGGCUUUUUGUGGCAAGAGAUGUUCUCCUUGUAUUUCUAGCUGUACAAACUUUAAUAGCUGCAAUGAGUGGUUAUGCAUACAUUAUGGACAAAGACGGGACAUUCAGAAAUUCUUUCAGUGAUGGAUGGGAUCGCAUUCUGUCGAAACAUCCUAUUCCAUUUUAUUAUUGUAUCGGGGUUCUGGCCUUCUUUGUUCUGCUUGGAUUUUUCGGGCUCAUCCUGCAUUGUUCCUCCCUAAAUAGUAACGAUCCUCGAGUUGCUGGGUGUCACAACUGUUGCUAUGGUUGGGGUAUCUUGGAUUGUUUCCCUGCAUCUAUGGAGGCGUGCUUCGCACUUGUUAUCGUUUUUGUUGUUAUCUUUGUCAUCCUUGGGAUAGCUUACGGUUUCCUUGCUGCCACUAUGGCUAUUCAAAGGAUCUGGCAGAGGCAUUACCACAUUCUCACCAAAAGGGAGCUGACUAAAGAGUACGUGGUGGAGGAUCUUCACGGUUGUUAUACCCCUCCAAAAUUGGAUCCAGAACAUGAACAACACUUGAAAAUGCUACAACUUCUGUAACGAAUGGCAGAUGAGGUGUUCAAUUUCUGUCAUUUAUCGUUUCUUAUGUUCUUUUCAACUUCUGUAAGAUACGAUAUAUGCAUUUCCUUGAAAACUUUGUUAUAAUUAUAAAUGAGCAAUGUGGAAAAUAGAUUUUAACUAA